GGUUCAGCUUGCAUGCGAUUGCCCAGCAUCCGUAGUCUUGCUUGCACUGUGCAACAUCUGUUGCCACCGGCCUUUGCAGUACUGUGCCGGGUGAGUUUUCUUCCGGCCUAGGCAUCGGAAGCUUGGCUUGUGCUACCUCCAGUGGUGAAACCGAGCCGGCUUCACUGCCAAAAAGUUCCAUUUUGCUCCUUUGGGCUUGGUUCUUGGUGACAACCUUUUGAUCAGAGGCACUGAAACGAAGUUCAGAGUUCAGGCCAGGUUCGAAGUUUUGCAGCUUUGAGAGUUGCGUUGAAGUCGGGGCCUGGCAUUUCGGACGCGAAAGCGAGACACUCGGCGACGAGCUGCUGAUGGCUUGUUUUGCCAAACUUCUGCCAACGACAAAGAAGCCAUUGCCUCGCAUGAUGAGCCGCUUGAACGGCAAUUGAGCAGGGUUUCAAAUCACUUUGCACGAUUGAAGGGGAGUGGUCAUAAGGGCCCCCGGCGUACGGCAAACAUGUGGCGGCGCAAGGCUGCGGAAGUGUGUCGCGCAAGUGCAAGUGGCGUGGUUGAUCGCGUGAGCUACCCCUGUGCUCGCGUAAGCUCGCGGAAGCACCUUUCGGGGGAGCAGGUGCUGACGGUGCUGCAGGUGUUGCGUCCGAGUCCAGUCUACCUCUGCUGACGAAAACUCGCCACGCGUUUUGUUGGUUAGUUGCCAUCGUCUUGCGCUUUGUGAGCCAACUCAAGCAUGCAUCCAAACAACAUCCAGGAUGUGAUGCUCGCUUGGAAUCGUUGCCAAUCGUUAGGCAGAUGACGUUUUCGCGACUUGGACACCAGGACACAUGAGACGGGUACGAGGUAGGUACUAGCAGUACUAGCCGCAAUGGCGCACAGUCCAUGCAGUUAGACGAUAAACUAAGUAUCCGAUACAGAUCCAUCGCAUCAGUUGCUUGCAGCUAGGCCCUUUUCGUCUCCAGAGAAGGAGAUGAUCAACACCGGAACUUCCAGGUUUUUGAAGAGCCCAUAUUGCAGGUAGAAAGCACAUUUUGGCCUUGCACUCCUGUGAUGCAGGGGCUAUGCAUUUCAUGGAGUCGCCAGCCUUUCUCAGCAAUCGCUUGAUAUAGGCCUGCUUCCGGUCAAGGCCAGUUCUUGCCAUGUAGAAAGAUCGCCUCCCCAGGCGAUAAGUUUUCGUGAUUUGAUGCUCCCUUUGUCCAACAGCAGUGUGCAUUCCCUUUUCCUAGCGUGCAGGGGAGUAGAUGGCAUGUAAGAGUUGGAGCAGCGGCAAGAGCAGGAGAUUGGCACAGGGGAAGCCCUUCUGUGCGAAGCUCGCUGAGCUACAUAUCUUGCCCAAGUUCUCUUCAUGUUGCCAGGCAAUGCCAGAGUCAGAUGUUCAGCUCGUUGCAAGCAAAGAACUUGCAUUUGUUGCGUCUCAGGGGCUGACCUUUUCGCUGCUGACUUCGCUGGCCGGUUCACAGACAGCGGGCAUGGCACUUUGCUGCCAGCAAGCAGUUCGAAAGGCAGUGCCAUUGCCAAGCAUCUUUGCAAUCCUGCGCUUCCUGCGAUGUGACCAGAAAAAGGCUUUCUGCGAUGUGACCAAUCACAUCCCAGAAAGCCGGUGACCAGGAGAGCAUGCAAAAGCGCGUGAGCCGCUGACUUUCUUGGGUGAGUGCGACUCUUUUGCGAUGGCUUCCUUUUAGCUUGUUGUGAUGUACCUAGCG